UCAGAGAAGCGGGCAAUGGCGCUGGUUCUCUGAAGAGAGUGCUUUACCUCAGGAAGGGCCACGCGCGGCCGGGCAGGGGGAGUCCCGUGGCGGCCGAGAUGGCCUGCUGUCACAAAGUGAUGCUGCUGGUGGACACGGCGGGCGUCUCUGCUCACCAUAGCCCGGCCCGGCGCGCCGCCCUCCGGCUCCUCACUUACCUGAGCUGCCGCUUCGGCCUUGCCAGGGUCCACUGGACCUUCAAGUUCUUCGACUCUCAGGGGGCACGGAGCCGGCCCUCCCGCGUGUCCGACUUCCGCGAGCUGGGGAGCCGCUCCUGGGAGGACUUCGAGGAGGAGCUGGAGGCCAGGCUGGGGGAUCGCCCUCCCGGAGCUCACCUGCCGGGCCCGACGCCCAGGGCCACCCACACGCACGGUGCCCUGAUGGAGACGCUGCUCGACUACCAGUGGGACCGGCCGGAGAUCACGUCGCCCACCAAGCCGAUCCUGCGGAGUAGCGGCAGGAGGCUGCUGGACGCCGACGGCGAGGCCAGGGAGGCCCAGGCCGCGCUCGGGGGCUUUGGGAACGCCGUCUUCCUCCUGGCGUCCUGUCCGCACUCGCAGAGGGAGCUGCUUCAGUUCGUGUCCGGGUGCGAGGCCCAGGCUCAACGCGUGCCGCUCACCCCAAAGCAGGUGAUGGAGAAGGUGUUGCCCAAGAGAGUCCAAGAGGUCAUGAUCGCCCGAAAUAUCACCUUGUACUGGGUGGACACCACCGAGCGAUCUAAGUUGUGGGCUUCCCCAGACCAUGUUGGAUACUGGACAGUGUGUGAGCUGCUCCACCAUGGAGGAGGCACCAUCUUGCCAGCUGAAACUUGGAGCCUGGGUUUUACUAAAGCCAGAGAAACAGUGCUGCCAUGUGGUGGCGAGCUGUCACACAAACCUCGCCCCUCCCCGUGGAUCUCAGCUCUGCCAAUAGAUGCCACUGUAAACUGUUUGCUGUAUAAUUCUGAGUAUGAAGCCUCAUUUCCACGAAUUGAAGGAACACUAUUUCUCCCUGUUCAAGGCAAAGAAAUUGAAGAAACAUGGGCAAUCUCCCUAGAGCCUUUAGCCAUGCAUCAGAGACAUUUUCAAAAGCCAGUCAGAAUUGUCCUAAGAGGCUCAGUGGCACAGUGGUCUCUCCCAGUGAGUAGUGCUUUAGGAACUGACAGCUGGAUGCUACAAAGUCCAGAGGAACACAAGUCAACUCAAAGGCUGUUGUUUCAGGAGCUGGUAAGCAGGCUGACUGCUGAAGAAUUCCAUCUGGUUGCCAGUGUGGAUCCUGGUGAAGGCUGGCCCCCCAUCACGGGAAUUAUUUCCCCAUUCUCUGCCAAUGCCAUGAUUCUCACAGUGUUCCGAGCCAAAGAAGCUGAAUUUCAAAGCCAUUUUCUCCAGACAGCUGCGACUGAAGGUUCCCAGGACACAGCUUCCCUCUUCUCAGAUGUUGUAGAUAGUGUACUGAAUCAGAGUCAUAAUUUAUUUGAAGACCCUGCGUCUUCUGCCCCCUGUGUUCCAGAGUGGGUCCAGCAGGAGCUUAGUCAUACCAGCUCCUGGAGUCCAGCUCUUGUCGAAAAGUGGUUUCCUUUCUCUAACGCCAGCGGUGCUACUUCAGACUUGAUGGAAUCAUUUUGGUUGUUACACGCUGCCUCACCUGAUAAUGAUGAAUCCUCCAAAACCGAAAGUGAACUAACACGCUGCCUCUCCGAGCUCUACCAGAGAUCUCAUGAAGAAUCUGCUGUAGUCAAUCAAGAACGCAGCAGGAAGAAACGUGGUAUCCCUAGAACUCCAGUGAGACAGAAGAUGAAUACCAUGUCCCGCUCCUUGAAGAUGUUGAAUGUGGCGAGGCUAAAUGUAAAGGCUCAGAAAUUACAUCCAGAUGGUAGUCCAGACAUGGCUGUAGAGAAAGGGCUCCAAAAAGCUGUCAUUGGCAGAACAGCAGACAAAUUGGAAGAUAGAGGAAGGAUAUUAAGAAGUUCUAAACUUAAAGAAUUUAAAACCGAGGAGGAGCUUCUGGCUUACAUACAUGACAACUACCAAAAGGCUGUGGCUACGGAAGAAACCACAUUGUAUUCAUGUGCUCAAAAUACGGUCUCAACCAUUAAAAUGUUCCUAAAAUCAAAGGACAUCAAGGAAUUAGAAGUGACCUGCUUGAAUCAUGUGAACUGUAACCUCUUAAAAACCAGCAAGACCCUUAGACAGAACCUAGAGGGAAAGAUGGAUAAAGAGGACAAAGUCAGAGAGUGCCAGCUUCAGGUAUUUCUUCGUCUGGAGAUGUGUGAGCAGUGCCCCUCAGUCCUGGACCGCCCAGAUGAGGUGGAGCGCAUAGUGGAGGAGGUGACAGAUUUGCUGCGUCAGGUGUGUCUCACUAAGGACUCCGCGUACCUGUCAGAGUUUCUGGAGGAGAUCUUGAGAUUGUAUAUUGGCUCCAUCCCCGGGACAAUUGGACAACUCUACCACAGCCUGGGGUUAAAAAUUCCUCAGAAGCUGGCUGGAGUCCUUCCUUCAGGGUUUUUCAGUGAUGAUUCUAUGUCUCAAGAGAGCAUGUCACCACCUCCCUCAUCAAGUACUCACAGGUCAGUGUCGGCCAUUACUGAGUCUGAGCAGCUGGAGGAGCUUCGGACCAGAUCAGCCAAGAAGAGAAGGAAAAAUGCACUAAUAAGACAUAAAAGUAUUGCAGAGAUUUCCCAGACUCUUCGACAAAUUGAAGUUCCCAAAGUGUCCAAGAGAGCUACAAGAAAUGAGAACUCCCACCCUACUUCCGUACAGCUGCCAGUCCCGAGGAAAGACACAAUACAGGGUUAUUGCAAACUGCUGACUAAGAGUGUGGCUGAGACCCCAGUCCACAAGCAAAUCUCCAGGAGGCUGCUCCAUAGACAAAUCAAGGGCAGGUCUUCUGAUCCUGGUCCUGAUAUUCAUGUAGUUGAAGAGUCUCCUGAAAAAGAGGAUGAAAUGAUUUUGAGAAGAAGUCCUCGAAUCAAGCAGCUGUCAUUUAGCAGAACAAACUCUGGCUCCUUCUAUUCUGUAUCUCAGCCAAAAUCUCGAAGUGUGCAAAGAAUCCACUCGUUCCAGCAGAAGUCAGACCAAAGAGAAAAUUUUCCAGUUCAAAGUAUUCAGUCUCCUAAAACACUUCUUUUUGGGGCAUUGUCUGAGAUUCCCAGUUCCUCCAAGAAGGGUUCAGCCCAAAUUAAGAGAUCCUUAAGAAGCGUGUUGGAUUCUGAGAUACCUACAUCUUACGAGACUCCCAAAAAGAGCAACCAAAAAUCUCCAAGCUUUUCUAAAACCACACCAAGCAGAUUCCCUCGUACAGCACAGACCUUACUGUACACUCCAGAAAGACUACAGAACUCCCCUACUGAAAUGACAUCAGCUGAAGGGACCAUUUCUGAAGCAACCAUAAAAUCCCCCUCCUCACAUGGUUACAACUCGCCAUUUGCAUCAAAAGUCACUUCUCAAAAGAGAGUCUCCCCAGCAAAAGAAGAGCCCUCUCCUCCCCUCACAAAGCUACCCAGCACACCCAGAGAGUCUGAUGUCCAGCCACCUCAAUUUUCGUCAGACUGCACAUGGCCACACUCAGUGAAUUCCAGUCCAGAAGGUCCUUAUUAUCCAGCAUCCCCACCUCCUAUGGCUCGCCAGGCCAGGAGUCAGUGUCUAACCCCUAUAAGAUACUCCUUCAGAACCCCUCCACGUACAGCCCUUGCUGGCACACCUAAGCAUCAGGAGCACCAAGAGCUCCCUCUCCCCAGGGCCUCUCAGACACAAGAACCUCCACAGAGACUGGAGAAGAAAGCUCUCAAAAUCACAAAGAAACCAGCACACACAAGUACUUCACCUCUUUCUCCAAAGGAACAUUUUACUUCUGGAUGUGAUGUCUCCCCACAUCAACCUAGGAACUCUUUGUCAGCCUCCCCUCCUCCUGGAGAACUGAAUUGGAAAGAACACCACACAUCACCCAGUGUAACUACAUCUAUCUCUUGUCCUGUUCCUUCAACUCCUCCUAGAACCCCACCGAGAAUGACCUGCCCCAUACCACCUUCUCCCCCAUCCAAGCUUCGGAGAUCAUGUAGAAAGAAGUCCUGUCCUCCUCAGGACUUCCCGGAGUGCCAUCCUGGACCCUCUGCUGCUCUCGUGCUUAGCUCAGCCACCAGCACAGGAGCUGUCACAGGCUCUAGAGAGGAGCAGUCUCAGUUUUCUGAAGGACAGAGUUACCUGGGCACUGGUUUCAGAAGUGACUGUCAUGUUUCCUCUCCUGUGCUCACUGCAAGUGACACAAAGUGCCUGCCUCUGAUUGAUGAAGCCCAACUCCAUAGGCUUAAAAACCAAGAGGUAAAAAGUAGCAUCUUGCCAGGGGAAGAAGGUGAGGAACCAGAGAGCACCAUUGCCGACGAGCUUCCCUCUGUGUCUGACUCUGGGAUUCUUGUACCUGCUCCUUCCUCUGUGUCUAGCUCCUCUGAGCUGUUGUCCUACCCCCUGUGCUAUACAGCAGACGGAAAGCAGAGGCAAGAUGCUGCUCAGCAGGGGAGUCCACGAGCUUCCGAGGCCACCGGCAGCCCUCAGACCUACGAAGUUGAGCUGGAGAUGCAAGCUUCUGGCCUUCCCAAGCUCCGGAUUAAAAAAAUAGACCCUGGAGUUCUUUUGGAAGCUGAGGCCCUAGAAAAGGAAGCCCCCCUGGGAGAGGAGGCUGCCCUCCCUGCUCUCUGUAUGCCCAAGGCCAGUAAGUCCUCCGGUAGAACUGAGCACGCUUACUUGUCACCCCCUUGUCUCCGCCCCUCACACAGCACACCUGGCAAGAAUGGAGGUCAAACCUUCAUCUGCCAAUCUUGUACUCCCUCUCGAUGCCCUCCCAGCACCCCCUCUCCAUUUCAAGCAGAUGCUGGGGUUUCUUGGACACCAUCCCCUAAGCAAAGUGGGAAGACCACUCCUGAAAUUAUCAAAGACUGGCCCCGCAGGAAGAGGGCAGUGGACUGCAGUGCUGGACCCUCUGCUGGGAGAGGCGAGGCCAGUAUGGACCUUCCUGGGUCCUUGUCACUGCUUGAGCCUGAGCCUGAGGGAAAGGAGCGAAGCCUUGAACAAGACCUCUCUAAGGUUCUCAUCUCAGAGGAGUUUGAACUAGAGGGGGUGUGCCAGUUGCCAGACCAGUCACCUCCCAAAGACAGUGUCUCUGUGACAGAGGAAACCUCCUGGGGACAGUUUGGAUUAGGCAGAAAGAGAUUCCUGUCUGCCAAGGAAGAAUCUGAAUACAAAGUCAAAAGGGUCUGUGAUUCCCUGAGUGAGGAUCCCCAAGCUAGCAAACAGAAUGAGUGCUCUCCACGCUGGAGUGCACUACCACUCCCCUCAGUAGGGGACGACGAGGUGUUUGUUUCUGGCUCCACCCCACCCUCUGGUUGCAUGGUUCGAAGCUGCCUCUCUGCCAGUGGUCUGCAGGCCCUGACCCAGUCUCCACUGCUGUUCCAAGGAAGAACGCCCUCCUCUCAUAGCAAGGACACCAGAGAUGAGGAAAUGGAUGUGUUCCCCUCCACUGCCGAAGAGUCUCCGUUCAGCCACACCCUCUCCCGGAAACGGCCUUUCAGAACCUACACGAGAAAGAAGCUUAUUAGCUAGCCCUGCUUGAGCAUUUCGCUGGAGGACUCAAAAUGAGGAACACUGUGAGCCUGGCCCGACCCCUUGCACUCAGGAGAUGUACUCUAGAGCAGCUUUCUCUAGGUACAGUAACAAUGCCAGACUCAUGCCAGCAAUCUAGCAAUGUGCCCAGAACAAGAGUGGCCAGGACUUCAUGGGACUGAGAAAGUUCACAAGUAAAGAUGACAGCAGCAGAGUCCCUGUGGAGUGAAGAUUCUGCAGGUAUGGUAGUAAGCUUAUAGUCCUAGCACUUGGGAGACAGAGACAGAAGCAUCAGGAGAUUCUGACUACAUAGCAUGUACAGGGCAACCUGGGCUGUAUGAGAGCCUGUCUCAAAACAACAAAAGACAUUAAAGGCCUUAAGCCUUUUCCCCACAGUCAUCUGAAGAUUACCACUGGAAUGCCUCAUGGUCUGAAAAUUUCUCUCGAGGUCUUCAUAUGAGGCCAGGCCCUGACCCUUUAGGGGGAAGGUUGGAAAUCUGGUGGGCAGCUUGUACUAUAUAUAACUCAGACAGCCCAGAGAUCCCAUUCCAGGUCUUGGUAAUUCAGAGGACUACUGCCACACUGUGAAAUGGAAAAAAAGGAAACAUUUACAUAGUCUCUUGAGGUGUUUGCCAAGCCUUGAGUUCUUUGACACAAGCGGUACUUCAUAAAGUAAGACCCAUAAGUGAAAGUCGUCAGCAAGAAGCAAGCUAACAAUAAGGUCAUCCUGGCAACUUAGCAUUUGGCAUUUCUGCCUGGAAGUAACUGGCUAUGGUCCAGAGCAAUCAUACUGCAGGGUCUACCCUGAAAGGCAGUCACCUCAUGACCGUCUUAGCCAGGUAUGUGCUUGACACCUGUGUUGCCCUGUAAUCAACCUAACCAACUUGCUAUGGAGUGUUGGCAGGAGCCUCACUUGCAGUGAGGGCUGAUUUGGAACCAGCCCUGUUGUGGUCCCAGGGCUCUUUCUGUUGUCAGAUGCAGGUGAAAACUCCCAUGUCUCCUUUCAGAGAAAGAAAAGGCAGCCCUGGAAUGCUUGCAUGGGUUCAAUUGCCAGUAAUACUGAUGAGUAGAGAAGGAAGGGUUUCAAGCUGGCUCUAAGUUCAUAGUUAUGUGUCCUGAAUUGGGAGCCUGUGCACAGGCGGUGGGAGGGGAGAGGCAGGACUCCAAUAUGCCCUUCAAGGAUGCUCUCCAAUAACCUCACCUCCACCACACCCCAACUCUGAUAGGCUCCACUGCCUCUCAGCUGAGGACCAGCCUUCAGGAAUUCUUGGGGGACACAUUUAAGAUGUAAGCCAUAAUGAGAUUACUCCUGUUUAUUAUUAAAUGAUAUUUUUUAAAAAUUCUAAAAA